AUGUCUGAAUCUCGCCUAUUCAAACCUCUUAAAAUAGGCAAUAUUGAAGUGUCGCAUCGCAUCGGCAUGCCUUCACUCACUCGCCUCAGGGCCACGGACGAUCGUAUCCCAACACCACUGAUGAAAGAAUACUAUGUGCAACGGGCUGCUGUUCCAGGCACAUUGAUUCUCGUCGAAGGGACCUUUGCCUCGUCUGCAUGCGGCCUCUUUGACAAUGCACCCGGAAUUUGGAGCCGGGAACAGAUCGAGGCGUGGCGGGACAUCACGGAUGAGGUUCACCGCCGAGGCAGCUUCAUAUACUGUCAGCUCUUUUUAGGUGGCCGUGCGGCCUCGAUCGAGACUUCGGCCAAGGAAGGGAUUCCGAUUCUAGGUCCCAGCGCUAUUCCUUUCUCGCCGGAUGCGCCUGUUCCUCGCGCCAUGACCGUCGAGGAGAUACGGAAAACCACCCACGAUUUUGCUGACGCAUCGAGGAACGCCAUCGAGGCCGGCUUUGAUGGAGUUGAGUGCCAUGUCGCGAAUGGAUAUCUUCUUGACCAGUUCUUACAGGACAACAGCAACCAGCGAGAUGAUGAAUACGGUGGCAGUGUAGAAAACAGAUCUCGUUUUCCUCAUGAAGUUAUGAAGGCAAUGGUUAGCGCUGUUGGGGCCGAGCGUGUUGGUUUCCGCAUCAGCCCCUGGAGUACAUUCCAGGGCAUGAAAAUGAAGGACCCAAUCCCCCAGUUUUCGGACCUCAUCAAGAAAGCGCGAGACCUAAGCCUUGCGUAUCUUCAUGUGGUUGAAUCGCGGGUCUCCGGCGCUGAGGAUAUCCCAAGCACUGAGUCGCUCGACUUUGUGUAUAACCUUUGGGAUGGGCCCAUUCUCCUUGCAGGAGGGUUCAACCCCGGCACCGCUCGCAGUGUUGUGGAUGUAGAGCACCCUGACAAGAGCAUUGUGGUUAUGUUUGGGAGGUACUUUAUCUCAAACCCGGACCUUGUGUACCGUGUCAAGGAGGGACUGGAGCUGAGUCCUUAUAACCGUAACACCUUCUAUAUCCCGCAGUCAAAGAUCGGUUAUUCAGAUUACCCUUUCAGCAAGGAAUACCUGGCUAG